AUGCCCAAACGCAAUUCCAGCGCGGGUUCCAGUACACCGAGCCCGUCAAAGAAGAGAUCCAAAACUGUCGCAGACCAACAUAGCCUUGACCGAUAUUUUGGCGCGAAAGUGUCUGAGCAGGUCCGCAGCGCGCCCCAGAGUCCAGCCAAAGACAAGGUGAAAGCCGAACCACACAGAUUCAAAUCCACUCGCGACACGGUUGGCACCGACUCCGCGAUCGCUGAUGAUGAAGCCCUUGCAUGGAAACUGGCCGAGCAAGACGGACUUGACGUAGAGGCACUUCGAAGGCUGGAGAAUGCAGCAUCCAACAAGGCGACCUCUGAGCCGAAAACCAGCCGAAAUCAACACAGAGUCAUUGAUGUUGACUUGCUAGAUGACACAGGAGAGCAUUCUCAGCACCAAGACGCAACGGCUGCGGUAGCUGCACGUUCUGCCUUCGGGAGUACUUUCGCCGGCUCCGUGUCUGACAUAGCAUAUAGCUCUCUUGCGGUGGAUCCGGUGUCUUAUGUCUUUGACGAUGAUACCUGGCGACCGAAUACUCCGGUCCCAUAUUCGUUUCUCGCCCAUACUCUGUCUACGCUCUCAGGGACCCGUUCCCGUAUAGUAAUCAUCAAUACUCUGACAAAUUCGCUGCGGACUAUCACCAAGCAACAUCCACUUUCUCUUCUUCCCGCGCUGUAUCUUCUUUCAAAUUCCCUCUCCCCUCCAUACUCGCCCAUUGAAUUGGGAUUAGGACCGUCCACGAUCACCAAGGCGAUACAGCACGUAUCGGGACUAACUCCGGCCGCCCUGCGCCGUUUAUACAAUACUACCGGAGACCCAGGUGACGUUGCCUUUGAGGCGAAGUCCAAUGUGCGGACGCUCAUUCCACAUCCGCCAUUGCUCAUCAUCGGAGUGUAUGAGUCACUUGUGAAGAUCGCACAUGCAAAGGGACAGGGCGCUGCUAACCAGAAGCAGAAUAUCGUCGAAAAACUGCUCGUAGCGGCCAAAGGGGAAGAAGUGCGGUUUCUUGUGCGCACACUAUGCCUGAAUCUGCGGGUUGGCGCUGUCAGGACUUCCCUACUGACGGCGCUCUCUCGGGCAGUGGUUUUGACGCCGCCGUCCAAUCUCCCCGUGCCGGUGCCGUCUGGUUCGCUAUAUCAUGCCAGCGAUGAACUUCUAUCGCGGAUUACUCUCGUGCCGGAGCAGUCCAAGAAGAAGAUUGUGGACCCGGCGAGAGAUGAGCUGAAUACGAUCUUCGCGGGCGCUGAAGCCUUGCUGAAGAAAGUGUAUGUCCAGCAUCCCAACUACGACCACAUCACGCAGGCGUUACUUGAAGCCGGAAUUCCGUUACUGCCCACACUUGGAUCUCCCACGCGAUCCUUGGAUGAAAUAUACGAUAGGCUUGGCCUUCUUGCGUUUACUGCGGAGUUCAAGUAUGACGGGCAGCGGGCGCAGAUACACGCUUCCAAAGAUGGGGAUCUGCGGGUCAACGUCAAAAUAUUUUCGCGCCACCUUGAAGACAUGACUGACAAGUAUCCGGACAUCGUUUUGCUAGUGCAGGGCAUAUUUCGCUCGCGCCCAGAAGUUCAAUCUUUCAUCAUUGACGCUGAGAUAGUCGCCAUUAACCCCGUUGACGGGUCCAUAAAGACAUUCCAAGAACUCUCAAACAGGGCACGCAAGGAUGUCAAGGUCGAUGAGAUCAAGGUGCCCGUUUGUGUUUUUGCCUUUGACUUGAUGUGCCUGGACGGAGAGAUUCUGCUAGAGAGAUCAUUCAGACAAAGACGGGCACUUCUGCGCGAGCGCUUCCCUCCCUUGCACCCUGAACGGAAAGAUGCUGCUCGUUUUGAUCACGUACAGAGCUGCGAGAGCGAAGAUGGCCGAGAGGCCAUCGAGGAAUUCUGGCAGACCGCUCUGAACAGUUCUUGCGAGGGUCUCAUGAUCAAGCUUCUUGAUCAUGGUGAGGUGGUAGAGGAACUCAAUCAGAAAGAAAAGCCAAGGAGGAAGCCGUUGCCCGCAACAUAUGAACCUGACAAACGUACAUCCGCAUGGCUGAAGCUCAAAAAGGAUUACGUCACCGGGCUUGGAGAUAGUCUUGAUCUUGUUCCUAUCGGUGCAUGGCAUGGUAAUGGGAGGAAAGCACGGUGGUGGAGCCCGAUACUGCUUGCGGUGCGGGACUCAGACACAGGAAAGUUAGUAGCUGUUUGCAAGUGCAUGUCAGGGUUCUCAGAUGCAUUCUACAAGAGCCUGGGAGAGCGGUAUCCCGAGAAUUCUGAUACAUGUUCGCCACAACCGCUAUGGGACCCUGAGUGCGAGACUGGGGGUCUAAGACCUGAGGUCUUCUUUAAACCACAAGAGGUAUGGGAGAUACGUGGAGCCGACAUUACCAUCAGCCCGGUGUCCGUGGCGGCCAUAGGGCUGGUGAACCAGAAUCGGGGCUUGAGCCUUCGGUUUCCGCGCUUCAUGAAGAUGCGAGAGGACAAGCACAUUGAAGACGCCAGCACUCCGGAGUUUUUGGCCAACAUGUGGCGCACCCAGCAAGCGACCGGCAAGGACCAGGUGCCAGGUGCGGAUGACGGUGAGCUGGUGGACGUGGACCUUGAAGAAGACGAUGUAGCCCAGAGCGAAGAGGAGGAAUGA